GGAAGAUGCAAAGCGGACUUGGUAAAAAGCCUAUCAUUAAUAUUGCCGGAGGUCAAGUAUAGUUGUGGUCCUAGCGGAGUUCGAAACUCAAGCAGCUCGCACGGUCCGGAUAUCUUCUCCCUCCCUUCUACAUCAUGAGCUCACCUUUGGUAGUUUAUCAGUAAAUGAGUACACUGAUUCUUGUAUAUUUCUGCAGCUUGUCAUCUUUGAACUGCAGGUCCCACAAAAUAUUGGAGUCCCAAUAUUGGCUUACACUGCCUUCGCCUUGCGAAUUUUGUUGUUCGUUGGCACGCCCGAAAAUUUCUGGUAAGCAAAUAAUGUCUUCAAAGUGUGUGUUCACAGCCUUUUUUCAGCUCUCAUACAGGUCGAAAACACAGCGAUUAUAUAGACCGUCAUACUCUUGCUGAUUUCUGAUGUGCUGUGAGAAUCAUAACUUAUCUGCAUGACAUGUGUCAGUGUGCCCAGAAUUUAUAGUGAGCACAAAUUUUCGAAUAUCCGUGAUAAUGUGGUAUUUCCAUCCAGAUUCCUG